CCCUCCGUCGAAUCAAAACAUUGUCCCGAGGCCGCAUCUACAGGCACAGGGGGAAGAAAAGAAAAAGUAUUCAAUAGUCUAAAACCCUAUAAAAGAAGAAAUAAUACUCAAGAAGGACUUCACUAAUUGACCUUUCUGAAGACAUUAAAGAUUAAGCGGCAGCUUUACUGCAAUAAAUCUCUGGGAUGUCUACUUUCCCCACUCAGUCUACUGGUACUUCAUAUAUCGUGUGGAAGCCUGUUUAGGCGAAAUAGACUGCCUGGAAAUGUCAUUGAAGUCAAACUGUUAAGAGCACCACCUAUUCUAGCUGUAACAAUAAGGUAAAUUUCUUGAACCAAUCCGCGGUAAAUGUUCAGAAGACAUCUUGAUAAUUUUUUGGAAAGAGUACGGGUGGCCAUUUCAUAAUAGACAUCCAUUUUUCUAUUCUUUCAUGUUUUAAAAAGUACGGGUAGCCAUUUCAUAAUAGACAUCCAUUUUAUUUUGUUCUUCUUUCAUGUAUUACAGUUCUUUAGACUUUUUGGUAUUUGUUACCAAGAGUGAUAAGUCUCAAAUCCAGGGUAACACGUGAACCAAGGCUUAAGAUUGCCUUCAGGACAAAUGUUUUAAACAUAAGCAUAACUUUGUUGACUCCAGCACCGGUGCCCACACAAUGUUGAACAAAUUUAGGAGAUACUCAAGGAAAAGGUAGCACAGUGCGGGAAGAGGUCAUCCAUAGGCCAGCAAGCAGGUGUACCCUCUCCUCCUGGCUGGGGCUCAGCUCUUUCCUCCAGAUAAAUAAAGGGACGUCUUCUGAUCAAAUAGCUGGGAGACAAUGUUUCUGUGGAGAAAUAUUUCUCUAUCUGGAAAGUAUCCCUUUCCUAAGCAUAUGUCAUUAAGGCUGGAUCUGGAUCACAAAGUAUCAUCAAGAAGUAUAAAGUUGGACUCAGCCCUGAAUGGGAAGAUACAUUCUCAAAUAAAAUAUGAAAAUAACACAGAAAAAGAAAGUGCUUCUGAACUUGUUGAAUAUCUCAGAGACAAACGUAUAUUAUACAGCUCAUACAUUGUUAGUCAUAAGAUUUUGCAUACCUAUGGUAAUAGAAGAAAAAUUGAGGAGAAAAUUAAGGCCAGAGAAAAACAAAAAUUGAAAGUCCAGUCAGUUCCUUUAAUACUUGAAAGAUUGAUGUCAAAAGGAGAAAACCAAAAAUGUGAGACUCCUCAGAAUGAUAGCCAGAGUAACUCACCAGUAGUAUCAUUUCCAUAUUCACAUACUGAGAAUAUUGACCUGAAAAAUCCAGUUUACUCAAGAGUUAGAUAUCCAGAUUUAAAACGUGAGAACACCACAAUAACUGAAAACAUAGCAUACCGAAUGCAUGCCUACGAGAAAGGCUUAUUGUCAGAAGAUAAAAGAGUUACAGUUGAAUAUGAUCUUCAGGAUAAAUGUGGCAUCAGAGAAAAAUCACAUAGUGGAGAUAAGGAUUACAUUAGUAACAACUUAGGUACAGCAGAUAUAAACAUACCAGUCAGUGGAGUACCAUGUGGUGGGUGUGGUGCACACCUUCACUGUCAGGAACCAGCACUCCCAGGUUUUAUACCAAAAGAACUGUUUGUAGGACUUGACCAAGGAGAACUGCGGAGUCAUGUGUGCCAAAGGUGUUAUUUUCUAAAGCACAGAAAGAUGGCCUUAAGUAUUCGAAUCUCCCCAGAUGUAUAUCCAAAUAUCCUAAAAUCAAUCCAGGAAGAAAAGGCUUUGGCGAUAGUUGUAGUAGAUCUCCUUGAUGUACCAUGUUCCAUAUGGCCAGAAAUCAUGGACAUUAUAGAUGUACACCCUUUUCUACAGUUUCCAAUUUUAAGACCAUCUGGACUCAGGCUUCAACAAAGAGUGCAAAGACUAAAAGAAAUUCAAAAGAAAGAACAUCUAGAAAAGAAAAUUAGACCAAAAUACACCAAUGAUAUUUCUAUAGCUACACUUUCAGGUCAUAUUGGAAGAACUUUUGAAGAAGAACGGGAACAAGAUGAAUCUUCUGAUCCUUUCUCAAUAAGAGCAAACAUCAUACAGAAUAGUCCAAAGAAGAUUUUAGGUAUAGAUACAGCACAUCCAAGAUAUGCCCUAGGGAAAUGGUGUUAUGACACUCCAGGGACAGUACAACCAGAUCAGAUUAUAAACUUGUUGACUCAUGACGAACUGUUGAAGGUGCUGCCAAAAAAGCUCAUACGCCCUCGGUCCUUCAGUGUCACAUCUGGCAAGAGCCUCUUCCUUGGAGGCUUGGCUCGCCUAGAUAUCAUCUAUGGUCCUGAGUCUGUAAGAUUGACUGUGUUUGCAUCAGAACAUAUUCCCAUAAAUAUAGUAGAAACUGUGGAAGCAUCAGCAUUCUACAGACAAUAUCUGGGCUCAACACUGUUAGGGAUACCCAUAGGGAAUGAAGAAAGACUGCUUCACUGGCCAAUUUUGAAGCCUAAAGACAUGCGAUCAUUAGGCACUGGGCAGCGCCAGAGUUGUGCUGAUAUUGUGCUUUCAUCAGCUGGAUGGAUUGCAGUAACAGGAUACAGAAAUCAUGUGAUAGAACUGAGAGGCUGGACACCCGGAGGACGAGGAAUACACUUGAGAGAACCGUCCAUGCUUCCACUAGCUGUCAAUCUCAAGGGUGAUCGAAUAGGAAAGUCGCCUGCUUAUAAGCCACACAAAUUAUAUGUUUCAAAAUAGAGUGAGAAUUAUAAACAAAUAACUAAUUAAAGUAGUAAAUUCAGAUUAUAUAGUAAUAUGUUUUACUUGCUGGCACUUCACCCCUUUUUAUACUUAUGCUUCUUUAUUUCUUCCUUUCUUUCUUUUGUUCUUUUUUUUUUUCUAAAUUCUGCACAUAGAUGGCUCUGGAAGUGCUUAGCCACAAAGGAGUCAAUUAGUAGACCCUGUGACUACCUGAUUUCACCUUUCCUUGAAUUUGCGGGGAAAACUUUUUUUUCUUACUUAUGCUAUGAAUACCAAUUUUGUUAUUUUUUUAUUACAGACAUUAUAAUCACUAUAAUGUUAUUGACAUUAGCAACAGCAAUGUAAGAUAUCGUCAAAUAUUUUUAAAAAUCAAGGAAAAGGGUAAACAGACGAGACGGGCAGUUUCGCUCAUUAAACUAUGUGUCAACACAAUAAAGUAAACUCAGCGAGCAUGGCAUGUACAGUUGCAGAAUUACAUUUCAGUAAACUUCUGUACAUUUGGCAGCUACUUCGAUGUAAACAUAGCAUAAAUAGUAUUUUUAUGAAUGAGGCAAAACCCCUAGACUAUUUUUAACAAAGAGUGUUAUUUAUAGAAUAUAAAUGACCAAUAAGUGUAUUAGUUUCUAUUUUUGGAAACUACAUUUGCCAUAUCAUUCGUUUUCUUCACAUAAAUGAUAAAAUAUUUAGUAUUAGUUAUCACUGACUUUGUAGUGAGAUGUUUUUUCAAAUGCGAUUUCCUGUGUUUGUUUAUCGAAAUGGCAAUACUUAAGGAAAUGAGACGGCAUUUCCCCCUUCUUUCAACACAGCAAGUAUCAAUUAUUGUUGAAUAUUUCUUGAAAAUGCUUCAUGCUUGAAAAAUCUAUGUAUGGCAGCUGUAUCAAAUAAAAUUCUUCAAAUUUG